UUUUUCUUUUUUUUUCUUUUUUUUUUUUUUUUUUUUUUUUGUUCAUUUUUCUCCUUUUUAAGCAUAGAACAUAGUUUUGGAAGCGAUUGCUGAGAAGAGCAACCACUGUUGGCCAGAGUGAUCUCUGAGAGGCACAGACAGCUGUAACUCAAGGAAAAGGUUUUUAAGCCCCAGAGGAUACAAUGUUCGCUAAACUCUUCCAGCAGUGGAGUUUCGCGGUGUUCCUGCUGAGUUAUUCCGUGCCCUCUUACGGGAGAUCAGUCGAGGGGAUCAGCCGCAGACUCAAACGGGCUGUAUCAGAGCACCAGCUACUUCAUGACAAGGGCAAGUCAAUCCAAGACUUAAGAAGAAGAAUAUUCCUCCAAAAUUUAAUCGAAGGUGUCAAUACUGCAGAGAUCCGUGCAACGUCGGAGGUGUCACCGAACCCCAAACCUGCCACCAACACCAAGAACUACCCUGUCCGCUUUGGCAGUGAGGAUGAGGGCAGAUACCUCACUCAGGAGACAAACAAAUCACAGACCUACAAGGAGCAGCCCCUGAAGGCGUCAGGGAAGAAAAAGAAAGCAAAGCCUGGAAAACGUAAGGAGCAAGAGAAGAAAAAGAGGCGAACCCGCUCAGCUUGGCUAAAUCCUGGCUCGUACGGCGACAUCGUGACCGAGAGCCCACUCUUGGACAUCUCUGUUACUACACACAAUCAAACUUUAAGGAGGCGCUGACGUUUUCAGCAAGAGAUAUUUGGAAGACACAUUGCAGUAUUCUGUAAUAGUGAACAUAUGGGAAGUAUUAAAAUAUUUAUUACCUGUAAAUAUUGUAAAUGCUCAGAAUAAAACCUUUUCCCCCCAUUGCUCUCUGAAACUGCACAUUUGGUUAUUGUGAAUUUUCCUUUUUUUUUUUUUUUUGGCUAAGGCUAAGACAAUUCUUAUUGUCCCAUUUACCAUAAUUUAUUUUGUUGACUGGUGUAUUUAUUUUGUGAACGUAUCUUGGUGCUGCUGACUUUCUAUAUUUUUUGUAACAUAAUGCACUUUAGAUAUACAUAUUGAGUACAUUGAUAACUGACAUAAAAUGUUCCUGUUUUGUGGUUGAUUUCAAUGAAUGCCUACAUACAAUUGUCCAAACUGAUUUUCCUUUGUGCAUGUAUAAUAGCAGUAUUUUAAAAUUUGUAAAGAAUGUCUAAUAAAAUAUAAUCUAAUUAAACCA